UCUUCAUUUAUUUUAAGCAAGGACAUAGGUACACAUCGAUGUUUAGAAAUCAACAUAUGAAUAUGGAGCUAAAUUAUAUUUUACAUCUUGGAUUCGUUUGCUUAUACAACUUAAUGCAACUGAUUAGUAUUGAUGGCAAGCCAUUGAUCAAACCAGAAUUAGAUCGAGGUGACGCGAAGGGUGGUCAGAAAAUUGCCUUGCCUCAAGAUAGAUUCGCUGACAAAAUGCAAAGCGAAAAAUUUACACAACAAAUUUUUGCAGACCUCAAAAAGUCGGCAACUGUCUCCAAUUCGAAGGUACAAUUGGCAAUCAGCAAAGAUAAUUCACCCCACAGGCUACAGCCAAGAGCAGCCGAAGAUAGAAAAAAUGAUGAUCGGGUCAUAGAAUUGACUAUUCCGGUAUCGCAAUUUAAAAGGGACCAAAACGGCCAAAUGGGCGACAAUCAAUGGGGUGUUAUAUUUGGCAAAGUUGGGCAGAAUAGGCGAUUAAAUAAACAACGCGUCAAUUCUGAAAAUAUUCCGGAGGAAUCAGUUACGGUCAGAGAUUACUACCCAUAUACCGGCACUCUGGAAACGGUGUGCAUGAGUAGAUCUACAGUCUACAAUAUUCCUCAGAUAAAGAAAUGGCUGCAUCACCAAAUGUAUAGCAAGGCACACCGCAACAUUGUCCUUUUGAAGGAUCUCCGGAGGAGCUUGUAUAAGAAUGGCAACUCCGAGGAAUGCCAUACGGUAUUCUAUUCAAAAUUUGGGAAAUAUCAGGAGUGCGCAAUGAGGCGAAAUCAACGCCUGGAAUCACUAAUUCCCAAAUAUGCGAGACACCAAAUACCAUCUGAAUAAAUAUAUAAUAUAUCCAUUCAA